AUGCAAGACAGCGAAGGCCUUCAGGUGGACCACGAUGCUGGAGGUGGUACAAAGGCACCAGAGGUGAUCGCCGCGUACAAUCAGUCGUCGCCAGCACCUUACUACGUGCCGAUCGACCAACAGCAUCAACAUCAACAACAGUCAGGCGGACCCUUCGGCCUCAGCCUCUGGCUUUUUACCAUUAUUGUCGUUUCUAUCACUGCUGCCAUUGUUGGAGGAGGUGUAGGAGGAGGCUUGGGGGCCGCCUUGUCAAAUUGUCAGAACUCGGACUCAAAAUGCCCAGCAGAGGCUGUUGGUAGCAACAGAAGCUCAACAACCACCAACCCAACCCCCUCAGCCACUACCAGCGCCGCCUUCUUCACACCGACCCCAGCCUCCCAGAUUAGAAACCUCACCUGGUUCUGCGAGGAUGCAGAGCAGACUGAGACAAUCCAACUUACGAACGGAUUCGAAUUCAAAGUAUACUGUGGCACCGACGGCGGAGGCGCAAACAAUGCAGAAGGCGGCGGAGCGCUCAAGGACUUGGUGGGAAUCAUCGCCUACUCGCUAGAGGAUUGCUUACAGGCCUGCACACAGAUGAACGCCAUGAACGAUAACCAAGACACGGGUGUGACAUGCAAGAGCGUGUCGUUCCGUGCCAAUAUCGCACAGUCGUAUAAGCAAUAUGGGGGCAACUGCUGGCUGAAGGAUGCAAAGAAGAGGCGGCCGUUUGGCUACAACGCCGUGUGGAAUGACAUACCUUCUGUGGCAUAUGGAGAGUUACUUUAA